AUGAGGAGUUUGGGUGGAGUGUGGGUGAGGUGCAUCAUAGUAGCGAUGUUGGUCAAUGCCGUAAGCGUGAGGUGCGUAACCACAGGAGAGUUUCAUUCCAUGCUGAGCAGCGUACGGGCCAGAGGGUACAACCUCUUCUGCAACGCAAUCGUCACCUCUGAUCUACAAAUGGAGAUUCUCUCUCACCAGAACGACGACCCCAACAACAACCACACCUCACGCGCCUUCACCUUCUUCGCUCCUAUCGACUCUUCCCUCUUCGCCCUCGACAUGACUCAGACGGCGUCUUUUUACACCGACACGCUCCGUUUCCACGUCGUCCCUCGCCACCUCUCCCUGGCCCACCUUCGCCUCUUCCCCGACGGUCACACGCUUCCCACGCUCCUCCCUAAGCACCGCCUCCAACUCACCCGCCGCACUCCCUCCGCCAUCGCCGUCGGAGGCGUCAACGUUGCUUUCCCCGGCAUCUUUUACGGCCGCUACUUCGUCGUUCACGGCCUUGCCGGAAUUCUCAGUCUCCGGUCCAACAUUUCUCCUCCGCCUUCGCCGGUGGUUCCUCCCAUUCGUUCCUUAGAUGGCCGGUUCUUCUCACCAAGAAGCAGUCCUAACUCUCCGGCGAACCAACCGGUUCAUACUCCGGUUCCGAAUUUCGCUUCGUUGCUCAUUCCUCCGAUUGAGGCUCCCCCACCGGCUACUUCGCCGGUAGAUUCUCCAGAGAAGGAACCUGAUUGGACGGUUUAUCCUCCAGCGGGGUCGGCUCCGAGCUAUUCUGAUUUGGCAAUAUCACAGCCGCCGGAGGGAUACUCCGACGAUUUGGCUUCAGCUCCGGCGCCUGAAGAAUUUGAAGGAACGAGAAAGUGUCUGAAUCCAGAUGUAGGGUUGGAAGGGUCUGACAUGACGUGCUAUUCAGCAUAA